CUAAACUGAACGAAGAGUUGUUAUGUUUGUGUCUAUAAGAGUGAAUGCAAUGAAUGAAUACAACACUACAUAUACAGUGAUUUUGAAUGCAUAAUACAGUUAUCGAUACGAUUUCAAUGCAAUCGUUGUUUUGAUUACACAAACAAUCGUUGAUUGCAUUCAUUGUUAAUUGUGUUGCCGAAGACAGCAAUGGAUUAACUGAUCCGCCAAUACGUGGUCUACAAUGUUAUCAGUGAGUGAUGUGAAGACAUAUAACGUAUAGCUUAUAGUGCAGUGAAUGCAGUGUUUAUAUGGAUAUGACUUAAACGGCCCCACAAUUGGUGUCCAAUGAGUAAAUUGUUGGCCAAAAUGUUAUCACUAUUAUUGGUGUUAUGUAUGGCUUUGUGGACAUCGGAAGCCGUAUGGAUGGAGAAUCAGAUGCCGAAGAGACGGAUCAGUCUUCGAGAGGCCGAUGUGCAGAGGUUUGUGGGCAAUGAGACGGAUUCGGAUCACUUCAAACUUCUUGAACAGGACGGCGACUCAGUCCUCGUCGGCGCCACUAAUAUCGUCUAUAAUAUCAGUCUUUUGACUCUUCAGGAGAAUAAGAGACUCCAGUGGUAUAGCACUGACGAUGACAUCAAAAUGUGUAAAUAUAAGGGAAAGUCAGAUGAAUUGUGUCAGAACUACAUUAGAGUACUCUCUAAGAGAUCCGCGAACGGACUCUUCGUCUGCGGAACCAAUGCAUACAAACCAAAGUGUAGACAAUAUGUGGAAAAUAGCUUAGAGUUUGAAUUAGUGAACGAACAGUCGGGCGAAGGCCUGUGUCCGUACGAUCCGACACAUCUAUCGACGGCCACAUUCUUCGAUGAGAACCUGUAUGUGGCGACAGUCGCCGGAUUCAAUGGCGCCGAUCCUCUCAUAUAUCGAUCGCCGCUCAGAACAGAACAGUUUAAUCCAAAGCAUUUAAAUGCGCCCAGUUUUGUGAACUCAUUCCCUCACAGCCAACACGUCUACUUCUUCUUCAGGGAAACCGCUGUUGAGUACAUAAACUGCGGUAAAUCGAUAUACUCUCGAGUGGCCAGAGUUUGUUCCAAAGACAAGGGCGGACCGCAUAAGUUCCGCAACCAUUGGACCACUUAUACGAAGACCCGACUCAACUGUUCCAUUCCCGGAGAGUUUCCCUUCUAUUUCAAUGAAAUCCAAGCGACGACUUCACUCGUCAAAGGCAUAUAUGGCGGACAUAACGCACAACUCGUUUACGGAGUCUUUACCACUCCUUCCAACAGUAUUAGUGGUUCCGCUGUCUGUGCUUUCAGAAUGGAUGACAUCCACAAAGCAUUUGACGGUCCCUUUAAAGGUCAAGAGGCUAUUGACGCCAAUUGGCUACCCGUGCAGUCAUCCAAAGUGCCCGAACCCAGACCCGGCCUCUGUGUCAACGAUUCGCGACAAUUACCAGAUCUGACCCUCAAUUUCCAUAAAGAGCACACUCUGAUGGACCAAUCGGUGCCCGCCUUCUGGGGCGCACCGGUUGUCGUGCAAACCAGCUUUAAAUACCGUUUCACUCACAUCGCAGUCGACCCGCAAAUAGAAACCGCUUCCGGAAAGACAUUUGACGUGCUAUUCAUUGGCACCGAUGACGGCCGAGUCAUCAAAGCGAUCAACUCUGCCAGCGGUGCGCUCAGUGGCCAUCACUACCACAACUCAGUGGUUCCGGUGGUGAUCGAAGAGGUGUCAGUGUUUCCCGUCGGCACCGCAAUCACUAAUCUAUUGGUUUACCACACCUUUUAUGAGGCGAAGCUUUUGGUCGUUUCCAACAACGAAAUCAAAUCUAUAAAACUGUUCCACUGUUUGGCCAAAACGUGCGGUGAAUGUGUGGCCCUUCAGGACCCGUACUGUGCGUUUGAUUUGGCGCGACAGCAGUGCACUAGUAGUAGAUCUCGUUUCUGGAAUCGCGACAACUUUGUCCAGAACGUGGAGGACGGGUGGGACCCGCGCUGUCCCGACGGCCGACCGCCGCCCACAGAGAGCACUAACAGAACGCCGCCCUUCUCUGACCCGCAUGUCGUGAAGCCGAGUCUCACCGAUGACUCGCCCUCGGAUUUGGCGGCCACAGAGCAGACACCCAUCUAUAGCGGCGAGUCGUUCGCACUGGCGGUCACCACAAGUGUCAUCACAUCAUUAGUGUUGGGCUUCAUCUUAGGCUACAUAUUCUCGCGCCGGUGUCGCAAAGAAGACCCCAACAUCUGUUCCCCAUAUGACGACCCGCACCAGUAUUUGGACGGACGACUGACGGCGUCGGACACAUUCCAGACACAGUCGGGCCAUAACAACAAACCCAUAAAUUUAGUUUUAACGACAAACAAGAACUCAAAAAACUUGAAUCUGUCGGUAGAGAACAAACCCAUUCAGAAGGUGAAGAAGAUCUAUUUGUAGGGCACCGGCAGUUCAACCAUAGGUUCCUCGACACCAGUGAUUCGUAUGAUUCCGAUUACGAAGACAUUAGCGAACUAUGAGUUUCAAAACACCCGAACGGCAGUGGAAUGGGAUCAGAAUUCUUGUGUUGUUCUCCACCGACAGAUAAUCUCUAUAUUCAACAAACAAUUACUCAGUUUUUUAAUGAAAUUUUUUUUUCUGCAUUCAAUGCUAAGAAUCUCUUAUGGAUUGAAAUGCAAGAAACUAUGCAUCAAAUUAUACAAUACUUUAUGCAAUGAAAUAACGAUUUAACGAUAUAUUAGCGAAAAAAUAAUGUUAUGUUUUUAUUAGAAACACUUUUUAUUAAUAUAUAUAUUUAGUGCUUCCGUUUCAAUGGGAAGAAAUUUCUUUAUAUAAUCCAAACAGAAAACUAAGUCAACAAAAAACUUAAUCCAAAUCCGAGAAAUAUGUGGAGAGAACUGGAAUACAAAUGAUGUGUUCGUCUCAUCUUUCGCUUCAUUUGCUCACAAAACCAAACCAUAACAUACAUCACAACCACAACAACAAUAAUAUCACCCAAACAAACAACAACAGCAACUCAUCACUAAAUAUCAUCUCAUCAUUCAUUAAGUGUUUCAUAAUUGAGAUAAUUCUGUGAUUUUUGUUAAUUUUAGAAAUUUUUUUAUAUUAUUUUAACGGAAUAUAUAAACAGAUUAUUUAUUUCUAAAGUGUGUCACAAAAGGGAUGCACAAAAACUGAUGCGAAAAAUAUAUAUAAGAAAUCAAUAAUUAAUUAAUUGACGCAAAAAUUGUUUCAUUAGAAAGCAAUUGAAUGCCAAAACGAGGACAGGGUUUACAUCAGAUUUACAAUCAAUUGCUUCGAGUUCUAAGUUUUAUUGCUUUUUAAUUAACUUUUAAAAUAAGAUCACAUAUCGAUAAUAAGAGAUAAUUAAUAUACAGUAUAUCUAUAUAUAAAAACAAUUUUAGAUUAAAAAAUGUUGAUUUACAACGAAAUACGAG